CAAUCAUAACAAACAACAACAUUGUUCUUGUUUCCUAUACUACAUUUUAUUCCACCAUUCAACAUUGUCACUAUCAGAGUGCUCCGUCGUGCGACACCAAAUCAUUAUCACUAGACUUUGGUUUCAUUCAAUUUGGCUCACAAAUGUCGAAUCCCGAAGACCCUUCUUCCGUAAAGCUAGAAAGUCCUCCUCCGUCAGCUCCUCCCACCGCAGACGGCGGCGUUGAGCCGAGCCCACCAGCCCGUUCAUCGCAAUUUAGCAUCACGAGGAGCUGGAGAACAGAGGAUUUUUAUAAGAAUGGGGCACUGCUGUUGCAUGGAAUGGGCUUGCUCUUUUCUUUUCUUGCUUUCAUUAUCAUGGUCACUAAUCAACAUGGUGAUGGCAGAAACUUCGAUGAUUUCGAAGAAUACAGGUAUGUGGUAGCAAUAGCAAUUCUAUCAACACUCUAUACAGGCGGGCAUGUUUUUCUACAAGUUUAUGAGCAAUCAACUAGAAAACAGAUGUUUUCACGCCGGAAUUUGGCCUUGUUUAACUUUGUUGGAGAUCAGAUUACCGCCUACUUGUUGAUAUCAGCAGGAUCAGCAGCGGUGCCAGUGACAAACAGUAUGAGAGAAGGGGCGGAUAAUAUAUUUACAGACUCGGCAGCAGCAGCCAUAAGCAUGGAGUUUUUGGCAUUCUCUGCACUGGCAAUGUCUGCUCUCAUUUCGGGAUAUAAACUUUCAAACCAGUCUUAUAUCUGACACGAUAAGUCGAUAAUACUUCCUACCCUCUUUAUACUAGGUUAUCAAGCACAUACAUGUGUUUAAGUUUCUCAUUUAUCAGGUGUGUUUGAUGACAUAAUGAAUACUUAAGAGAUUAAGGAGUGAUGUUCCAGAUAGGGAGGUUUAUGAAGAAAACAUUUGUUAUUGGUUGGUUUGGAAAGAUAUGAUCAUAUAAUUGUACAAAUUGUUCAAAUCGUUUAUAUUCUGUAAUUAUGUUGUAUAUAUGCAUACAGCAAAGACAAUGAAUGCUCUGGCCUGUCUGCACAAACUACUGUGCAAAACUUAAUACCAAAUACAAUGAUCUA